UGGACACCACAUCGCCCUUAAAUUCUCAGCCCUUGUCUUGGCGUCCUAUAUCCUUUCUUCUUCUUCUUCUUCUCACUCUUUUCUCCUCUAACCUCUCUAACUUUUACAUCUAUCUAACAUGGAAGACGAAGUUGCUGCCCUCGUUAUCGAUAACGGUUCCGGUAUGUGCAAGGCCGGUUUCGCUGGUGAUGAUGCUCCUCGUGCUGUCUUCCCCUCAAUUGUUGGUCGUCCCCGUCACCAGGGUGUCAUGGUUGGCAUGGGUCAAAAGGACUCUUAUGUCGGUGAUGAAGCUCAGUCUAAGCGUGGUAUCCUUACCCUCCGUUACCCUAUUGAGCACGGUAUUGUGACCAACUGGGACGACAUGGAGAAGAUCUGGCAUCACACUUUCUACAACGAGUUGCGUGUGGCUCCCGAAGAGCACCCCGUUCUCUUGACCGAGGCUCCCCUCAACCCUAAGUCUAACCGUGAGAAGAUGACUCAGAUUAUGUUCGAGACUUUCAACGCCCCUGCCUUCUACGUCGCUAUCCAGGCUGUCCUUUCCCUUUACGCCUCCGGUCGUACCACUGGUAUCGUCCUCGAUUCCGGUGAUGGUGUCUCCCACACUGUUCCUAUCUACGAAGGUUACGCCCUCCCCCACGCCAUCCUCCGUUUGGAUAUGGCUGGUCGUGACUUGACUGACUACCUCAUGCGUAUCCUUGCUGAGCGUGGUCACUCUUUCACCACCUCUGCCGAGCGUGAAAUUGUCCGUGAUAUCAAGGAGAAGUUGUGCUAUGUCGCUCUCGACUUUGAGCAGGAGCUCCAGACUGCUGCCCAGUCCUCUGCCCUCGAGAAGUCCUAUGAGCUUCCCGAUGGUCAGGUCAUCACUGUUGGCAACGAGCGCUUCCGUGCUCCCGAAGCUCUCUUCCAGCCUUCUAUGCUGGGUCUCGAGUCUGUCGGUAUCCAGGAUACCACUUAUAACUCCAUCAUGAAGUGUGAUGUUGAUAUCCGUAAGGAUUUGUACUCUAACAUCGUCAUGUCCGGUGGAACCACCAUGUACCCCGGUAUUGCCGACCGUAUGCAGAAGGAGAUCACUGCUCUUGCUCCCAGCUCCAUGAAGAUCAAGAUUGUUGCUCCCCCAGAGAGAAAGUACUCUGUCUGGAUCGGUGGUUCCAUUCUUGCCUCCCUCUCUACCUUCCAGCAGAUGUGGAUCUCCAAGCAGGAGUACGACGAGAGUGGUCCUUCCAUUGUCCACAGAAAGUGCUUCUAAGUGUACAGUGUUUUUUAUAUAUCACAGCAUUUAUCUCUCUAAAAUAUAUAUAUUUUUCAUAAAUCAAUCAAUUUUGUUUGUCUUUGAGAUCUUCAAUUGGCCAUCUUGGCAAAGUUGUGAUAGUGUAGUCAUCUAAAAGACCUGCUCGGAGUCUUUCCACCCCAGUCCAUGCAAUCAUGGCACCGUUAUCAGUACAUAGCUGAGGGGGUGGGCAUAUUAAUGGAAGUCCAUACAUUCCAGCUACUGCUUCGAGUCUACACAAAGAAGUAGUAUUAUACGAAAUUAGAUUUCAUUCAUUCUUCCAUUCUUUCAUUCUUUCAUUAUUAAUAUUUAAGCUUCGCGGCACACGCGUUUGUGUGUGUGUGUAUUUUAUUUUAUUUUAUUUUGUUUUGUUUCCGAGUAUGACACCACCACGUUUGUUCUCUUACCUCGUGCGAAACAACGCGUUACUGGCAACUCCGCCACUUACUACCAAGCACGUCAAAGGCUUGUGGCGUUGAUUAACCUCGAGGUCAAGGGCAAGGUGCAGCUUUUGUUCCAGGUGACGGAUACAGGUAAGUUGAAAU